AUGUUCCGACCUAACGCUCUCCUCAAUGCUGCCAAAAAGGCUGCUACUCUCAGAACUGUCAUGCCGAUGACCAGUGCUACCACCAGCAGGUUGACCGUACCUUUGAGUUACCGUUUCUAUUCCAGUGGAGGACAUGCAGAUAUUGAAGCGCGUGUUAUGGAUAUUUUACAUGGAUUCGAUAAAAUUGAUGCUCAAAAGCUUAAUGUUGAUGCUCAUUUCGUCAACGAUCUCGGUCUCGAUAGUUUAGAUACAGUGGAAGUGAUCAUGGCCAUUGAAGAAGAUUUCUCGAUAGAAAUUCCUGAUAAUGAAGCUGAUGAAAUUAAAUCUGUUAGACAAGCUAUCGACUAUAUUAGUAAGCGUGGUGAUGCUCAUUAG